GUGACUUUGUUUACACGGAAGAGAAACGCAGACUACAAUUUCGGCUAACAAUUAUCUAUGAAUUAUAAUAACUACAAUGAAAGAAGAAUCUACCGACGUUGUGGUUAAGGAUGAAAUUCAUAAUCUCAUUGAAGUGUUUUCAAAAAAAUCGUACAAAGUUACUGGAGACACGAAGGUUGAUCCUGUUGCAGAGAAGUGUCUGAAACUGUUUUCAAAAGAUUAUCACUUCUCAGUGAUCAAUAAUACAGUUGGCAGUUUAUGUGCACACUACCCAAGCAAGAUUGUCAUUCUAGAAUACGAGAGAGCUUGUCCGUAUCAUGAAAGAGUGGAGAGCUUGUAUGACGGCCAUCACAUCAAGGAACUGUUCAAGCAGGCCAGAUUUGCGAGGUGUCGCUCCAGAUUUGUGGUACCAGUGAUCCUGCUAGACGGCAAGUAUGUAUGCAGAUCAGCAACAUUGGCCAGUGGAGCAGAAAUGUAUGGCCGGUCUGGUCUGGACUUCCUCACUGGAAAUGAACACAAUCCUUCAAAAAUAAGAAAAACUUCUUCAGACAGUGAUCUACAGAUGUUUGAUAGAGUGCGGGGCCAAGACAUCAACAUAUUGAAAACCUUCUCUGUGAAAUAUAUUGUUGACCUGAUGGUUGAAAAGAAAAAAGUUAAAUUUGGGAUGAAUGUGACGUCCUCAGAGAAGGUAGACAAGGAGAACAGAUAUGGGGAGUUCUGUAUCAUCUCAGCCCCUUAUCCAGGUUGUGAAUUUUUCAAAGAGUGGCGGGACAACGGCUACAUGGGGGAGGACAUGAAAUUUGACUGGUCACAGAGUUUUGUAGAUGCAUGUUUGGACAUCCCUCCUACCGAAUUGUUACAGGAACUGAGUAUUGAUUGGCAGCAGUAUAAGCAUUGGGAUCUAAUCCAGCUCACAAAGAACUACCUCAAAAUGCUUGUUCAUAUGUUUACCAAUGGAGAUAAAGGGAUACUGGUGCACUGUAUAUCCGGCUGGGACCGCACACCCAUGUUUGUGUCCCUGCUGAGGCUCACGCUGUGGGCCGAUGGUCUCAUACACAAGUCCUUGUCGGCCACAGAGAUACUCUACCUGACUCUGGCCUAUGACUGGUAUCUCUUUGGACACAGCCUUUCAGAUCGCCUCAUGCGUGGGGAAGAAAUUUUGCUGUUUUGUUUCUAUUUCUUGCCACACAUAGCAACUGAUGAGUUUUCAGUGCAGUCAUUAAGGUCCACUAAGAGACAAAAGAGCUCUGUUGGACAGGAUAUUGCUGCCAAUGGUUUUCUGAGAACAACAGGAGACACAUAUUCCAAAGAAGUCAGAAAACACCUGAGUAGCGUGGGUAGUGGCGGAAGCAGCAGCGGAAGUGCCCGCAUCUCAGUGGAGAGGAAACGCAACUCCAGUUCCAGCAGCUUGAGUAGUAACGGCAGUUUUACCAUUGAACCUUGCUCACGAUACUUCUUGCAGUAUGAAAAUGAUGAGGAUGUUAUUGACGAACAAUCAGAUGUUAGUGCUCAAACAUCAUCCAAUUGUACAUUGUUACAAACCACUCCCUGCCAGAGGUCCUCUAGUCCUAUGAUGGUGCCGGAAAACAGGGGCAGACAAUCCAGCCUUUCAGAUUCACCAACAUGUGGCAGUUGGCAGGUGAUAUCAGAGUCAGGGAGUCUGCUGUCGACAGAGUUGGGUUAUAGUGCUUCCAAACAUUCCAGUGGCCCAAACUCUUGUGAGGAGCCAAGUGUUUGUGAACAAUCUGAACGAUGGACCAGGCUGGACACUGUGGGGAGACUCUUUAACAACGCCUAUCAUAAUAAAGUGACUACAAAAUAUGUCCCAGAGUCCAAUGGAAUAACAAACUUGCUGGAUAGUUUCGCUGGAAAAUUUGGCUUCAGAAAGUAGUGACAGUGUUAGUAUUGUUUUGAUAAUUAGGUAAUUAGCUAGAAUUAACAUGCCAGUAUUAUAAUCCAAUUAAUAUAUUGACUGCUGGUCAGGACUUUGAAACCAAACUCAAUUGAAAGGACCAAAGCUUUGAUUCAUACUGGACAGGAACCAAAAGUCGAAGGAAAUAGCCUCAUAAAUCUAUCUGAUGUUUUCAAUAUGCAUUUUCAUUAAUGAAUUGAAUUUGCAAUUUCUUUUGUUUCUUGUUUCAAUUUCAUUAAUUUUCUAAAUAUUAUGACUUGGAGUUAAGUACUUAAUGACGACUCUUAAUCACGCCAUAUUUGCCAAAAUGAAAAAUCACUGACUGAAAUGAAAACAUAAAUUCAUGGUUAAAAUAGCAAAGAUAAAGUAUGCAUUCAUCCUUCAAGGAGUUUCAGAUGUACCGAAUUGAAAACUAAUUAAUUAAAUAUUGGUAAACAGUGUGCAAUCUGUAACUAUUCCCUACUUAAUUAAGCAAAAAUAAGUUCUUAUGGUAUACUGAUAUUGGUUGUGAUUCAAUCGUUAUCACAGGUGGGAAUCCCGUAUUUUUAUGCCCCCCUUGGAAGAAGAGGCGGUAUAUUGCUUUGCUCAUGUCGGUCGGUCGGUCUGUCAGUCCGUCCACCAGGUGGUUGUCAGACGAGAACUCAAGAACGCUUGGGCCUAGGAUCAUGAAACUUCAUAGGUACAUUGAUCAUGACU